UGUAAAGAUUUCUCCCAGGAGUGUCCACCACUUUCCAUGAUCCCCAAUGGACAUCACACAGCAGAGAAUGUCAGCCUCUUUGUCCCUGGACUGUCUGUGACUUACACCUGUGAGCCUGGCUACUUGCUUGUUGGAGAAACAACCAUUCGUUGUUUGUCUUCAGGAGACUGGAGUGCAGUCAUUCCACGAUGUGAAGAGGCACAGUGUGACGCUCCAGGACCACUGCUCAAUGGGCAGAUAAAGGGGCCUGCAAAUCGUCGAGUUGGUGUAACUGUUACCUUUUCCUGUAAUGAAGGAUAUCGAUUACGAGGCCAACCUUCUAGUCAAUGUGUAAUUGCUGGACAGAAAGCUUUAUGGACCAAGAUGCCAAAAUGUGAAGGUAGGUUAUGCAAACUGUG